GAGAAUCCUGCUGUGCUGGCCGAGAGCUGUUUCAGAGAACUGCUGGGUAGAGCGACUUUUGGGAAUAUGAAUAAUGCUGUUAGACCAGUUUUUGCGCAUUUAGAUCAUCACAAACUGUGGGAUCCCAAUGAAUUUGCAGUUCACUGCUUUAAAAUUAUAAUGUAUUCUAUUCAGGCUCAGUAUUCUCAUCAUGUGAUCCAGGAGAUUCUAGGACACCUUGAUGCUUGUAAAAAAGAUUCUCCACGGGUUCGUGCGGGUAUUAUUCAGGUUCUGUUAGAGGCUGUUGCCAUUGCUGCUAAAGGCUCCAUAGGGCCCACCGUGCUGGAAGUGUUCAAUACCCUAUUGAAGCAUCUGCAUCUCAGUGUUGAAUUUGAAGCAAACGAUUUACAGGGGGGACCUAUAGGUAGUGCCAACUUAAGCACAAAUUCCAAAGACAAUGACGAGAAGAUUGUGCAGAACGCUAUCAUCCAAACAAUAGGAUUUUUUGGAAGUAAUCUGCCAGAUUAUCAGAGGUCAGAAAUCAUGAUGUUCAUCAUGGGGAAAGUACCUGUUUUUGGAACAUCUACCCAUACUUUGGAUAUCAGUCAACUAGGGGAUUUGGGAACGAGGCGGAUUCAGAUAAUGUUGCUGAGGUCUUUACUCAUGGUAACCUCUGGAUACAAAGCAAAGACAAUUGUUACUGCACUUCCAGGGUCUUUUCUGGAUCCUUUGUUGUCUCCAUCUCUUAUGGAAGAUUAUGAACUGAGACAGUUAGUUCUGGAGGUCAUGCACAACCUCAUGGAUCACCACGACAAUAGAGCCAAGCUCCGGGGGAUCAGAAUAAUACCAGAUGUAGCUGACCUAAAGAUAAAAAGAGAAAAAAUCUGUAGACAAGAUACAAGUUUCAUGAAAAGGAAUGGGCAACAGCUAUAUAGGCACAUAUAUUUGGGCUGUAAAGAGGAAGACAAUGUUCAGAAAAACUAUGAGCUACUUUACACUUCUCUUGCUCUUAUAACCAUUGAACUGGCCAACGAAGAAGUGGUUAUCGAUCUUAUCCGCCUGUAA